CAACAACAACAAAAAGUGUCAAAACAUUUUCAUUGUCACAGAAGAAAAACUUGAAAAUAUAAAGAAAUUCUGCAGUUUUUAUGAUAAAAAUAAGUUAAUUUUUAAUAAAAUAAUUAUCAAAUAAUACAAAAACCUUUGGAAUAUUUAGCUACUCUCACUGUUUAGAGAAAAUAAACAAAAUUAUUAUAAAGUAUUCCGAAAAACCUAGAAAAAGAGGAAGAACUUUAAGACCUCGUAACUGGGAUAGAAAAAAGAAACAGACACAACAAGAAAAAGAAAAUAAGUUUUUAGCAAACAAAAGCAAAAUUUUGGCUUAUAAAACCAUAAUACGUCUUUGCAAUAAAUUGUUAACAACAAAUAUGGCCCAUGAAAAUGAUCAACAACAACAACAGAAUACAAAAAACCAGGAGGAGGAGGCGGAAAAGCCACUGGACGAUAGUUUCAAAACAAACAACAAAAAUGAAAGUUGUGACGUCUCCAGGGCCGGUAAAGAAACAUUAGAUGAUAGCUUGGUAAUGCCGACAGCUAGUAAAGGAAAAUUAAAUGAUUUAGUGGCGGAUUUGUGUAUAAAUGGCCACAGGGCGUCACAGCCUACAGCCAGCCAAACAGCUUUUGGCGAUUACACCAAUAUACGAGCUACUUUGGGUCCAGUGGCAGUAAAUGAUAACAAUUUUACUACAGCAGCGUUAGACGCCAAUAAUUUAGGGGUUUGCAGUAAUGCGGCUCCCACACAUAACGUCCAGCCACAGCCACCUACACAAAAUUCCUCGUUUUCGUUUAAACACUUUCUCAGCAGCAAUAGUGUGCCUACAGCACCUUCUACUACCGUCACCUCUUUGGACCCACCUGCCAAUAGUACGUCCACUACAUCUUCUGCGUCAAAUGCUACCACUUCAACGCGUUCUCUGCAAACUUCGACAGGAGCUAGGCCAAAAGUUCCACAAUCGAAUUCGGUAACCUCCACCUCCAUAUCAUCGCUAACUGUGGGCGGUUUAAACGAUUCUCAAACGUCGGCUACAAAAAUGAAAAGAUCUCCACGCUUUUCCUCGUUUGACUCGCAGGCGAGUUUGGCAGAGUAUGCUGGCUCCUCAACAACAGCAGAUUUGCCAGCGGCUGAAGCAUCUGCCGGCAGCUCGACAGAUUUUCAACUUUAUCCCGAUGAAAGAGAACGAGACCGUUUUCAAGAAUGGCAACUUCCCUCAAAUGCUCCCACAAUGACUACAAAUUCCACAGACUACGAUCGCGGCAGCUCGUAUGUGCCCCGUUCGUAUUCCAACUACGAUAUGCCACGACCUCAAACCUCGCCUCGUCGACGUGUGGGUAUAGGUGGUGCCACCACCAAAGACACCAGACCCACACGUUUAGCUUUACAUACAAAUCAAAAUCCUACAACGGCUGCCAAAUUGAAAUUAGACUUGCCUUUAACUUCCAAUUCCACAGGCGCAAAUGGUGCAGGAGCGGCUGCGGGCUCUAGUAGGAAACCGACUCACUGUUCUAGGCCAACAGAUUUCCACACUAGCAAUCCUAUGCCUGCGGGUUCGGCAGCUGCUGCUGCUCUGCCAGAUUUUGUACAAGAUCAUUGGAUGGAUUCUUGGUAUGCCAAUGAUAUGCAUGUUAAUUCGCCUCCCUCUUCGCCCACUAAUAAUUUUAUGGAAGAUUUGUCGGGGGCUGCGGGUGGUAGUGCAGCCAUUCAUAACCACAACUCCCAUAACCGUGCAUUACAUCUCGAUAGUGCGCCCAUACCAGGACCUGCCGAUAGAGGUGACUUCAAUAUGGGACUACCCGAACCCUCCAACUCAUCGGUGGGUUCUAAAAUGUUGCCCGAUUUUCUAUCCGAUGGCCCCAUCAUACAUUCGUCACAGCGUUUAGCCGAUGUGGCGGCUGGUCUACCCUCCAAUUCCAUAGGUUCUCCGGAAGAAUCUUCCAUUAAUAAUCAGCUAUCGCGUUUGCGUUCAGACAAUGAACGUUUGCAACGCGAACUAAAUGAAUCCAUAUUAGCCCUCAAUGAACAGACCUUAAGAGCCAACAAUUUGGAACGCCAAUUAAUGGAGCAGCAAAGACAACAUCAAACCGAAACAGAGGAGACACUGGACAGCAAUAAAAAGCGUUCCACAGCGGCUCAAACUCACAUGGCUAAACUUAAACAACAAGUGCAACAGCUAACGGCCGAGGUGGAAAUGCUAAGGCGGGAAAAGGAAUUGAUGCGUGAAGAAGGCGCCGUAGGUGGUUGUAGUAUACAGAGCUGUGAUCGUUCUUAUGCAGCGGCUGCUGUCUCGAGUACAACACGUAACUCGUCAACAGCAGCUGUGGCAGGAACAGCAAUUGGUAGUGGAAGUAGUGGUGGUGGUGUUGGCAAUGUAACAGGCAGUUCAGUGGCUGCUGGCGCUGCUUUAGGCAUUAGACCGUCCAGACAACAUCAGUUAUCAAGAGAUUUGCGUAGGGCAGCAUCGAAUGCAGAACAGAAUCUAAAGCAACUUUUGGCUGGUGUUGAAAAUUUACGUCAAAUGGCGGCAAAUUUGGAAAAAUCUGAAACUCAUGUAGACUAUGAUGCCAGUCCGGAUUUGUUUUCAGAUUUUCUAGAUGAAUGUGAUGAUUAUGAUGAAUAUCCCGGCGGUGGACCGGCUUUGUAAAUUUUGUUUCUUGUUAUUUUACUUAAGUUAAAUUUAAAAAACAAAUAAACAGAGAAGUGAAAACAAAUAGAACAGCAAAAUACAUUAUAAAAAAUGCUAUAAAAAACUAUUAAACUUUAAAGUAAAACAAAAAAACAUAAACUAUUACACUAUUUCAAACAAAUUAAUUAAAAAUUAAAUUAAAUAUCUUAAAAAAAAACUAUAAACAUAUAUUUAAAAAAUAUCAUGUUCCCUAAAGAGAGAAGCAAAAAAAGAAAAACAAAUUAUUUGUUAGUAAACAUUAUUUAAAAGUUCUAUUGAGUUUGUCUUUAAUUAUUUAUAUAACU